AUGUCUCCUCCCGCCGCUACCUUCGAGAACCCCGUCGCUGUGAGCGGCUUUACCAUGCCUGUCAAGAAGACCCUGAACAACCUUGCGGUCAAGCCUGCUGUCAAUGGUCAGGCUAAAACCCUGGCUGAGAUGGAGGACAAAUGGGAGAGUUUCACCUUCUCUCCUAUUCGUGAGAGCCAGGUCUCUCGCGCCAUGACUCGUCGCUACUUCACCGACCUUGACAACUACGCUGAGUCCGACAUCGUCAUCGUCGGUGCAGGCUCUUGCGGUCUGAGCACUGCCUACGAGCUCGCCAAGAAGCGUCCUGAUCUUAAGAUCGCUAUUGUCGAAGCAGGUGUCGCUCCUGGAGGUGGCGCUUGGCUUGGCGGCCAGCUCUUCAGCGCUAUGGUCAUGCGUAAGCCCGCCGAUGCUUUCUUGAACGACCUCGGCGUUCCGUAUGAAGAUGAGGGCGACUUCGUUGUAGUGAAGCAUGCAGCGCUCUUCACCUCGACCCUCCUUUCGAAGGUUCUGUCCUUCCCCAACAUCAAGCUCUUCAAUGCUACUGCUGUUGAGGACCUCAUCACGCGCCCCAACCCCACUGCCUCCGACCCUAAUGCAGUGCGCAUCGCUGGUGUCGUCACCAACUGGACUCUCGUCUCCAUGCACCAUGAUGACCAGUCCUGCAUGGAUCCCAACACCAUCAACGCCCCACUUGUCAUCUCUACAACCGGUCACGAUGGCCCAUUCGGUGCCUUCUGUGUCAAGCGCCUUGUUAGCAUGCAGCAGCUUGAAAAGCUCGGCGGCAUGAGGGGCUUGGACAUGCGCACUGCUGAGGAUGCAAUUGUCAAGCGCACUAGGGAGGUUGUCAAGGGAUUGAUCGUUGGUGGUAUGGAGUUGAGUGAGGUCGAUGGUGCAAACCGUAUGGGGCCUACCUUUGGCGCUAUGGCACUGAGCGGUGUCAAGGCUGCUGAGGAGGCUUUGAAGGUCAUUGAUGAGAGGAAGGUGGAGAACAGCGAGUAA